CCAUCCUUUUGCUGCACUCAACAAGCAGCGCAAGCCCGCGGAACCAGCGUGCAGUCAGAAGUGCGGGCAGGUAGGAAAGCAUUUGGUCCCUCACGGGCCGGCUGGACCCUGCACCAGCAACUGCAGUUCAAACUUUCUCCCUGAAGAAGUUCAAACCAAGCAGAAAGCCUGAAGCGGUUGAGCCAGAAUGUCUUCUGCAGGCUUUCUGAAGGAAAUACAAGGCAUUGGUGAGAAACUCCUCCUGAAGCUCCAGAAGCUGCCCAAGGCUGACCCUGUGGAGAUUGUGUCCUUCUGUGUGAUUCUUCUGUUCAUUGUUACUGUUCUGGUGAUGAUGAUCAUUGCCUGCAGCUGCUGCUGCUACAGCUGCUGUAGCUGCAAUGGACAUCCUGACCACAGACGUAGGAAGAUCCAGGUGCGCCCAAUUGCCCAUCCAUGAGGUAUAGCAAGAGAUGACAUGACCUACUACCAAGGACAUGCAUGGACAUCAUGAUUCAGUCACAUGGGAAUGACUGUCUACACUAACUCAUUGAAUAUGGCAAUAACAACAUUAAUGAACAUGACUCAGAGGACCAGAAAUCACAGCCUGGAUUUCAUUCUUUCUGCUGGGCUCCAUGGUGUGACCACAAAGGUAACACUACUUUGCCAUCACUGUCUCCCUCAGCUGGGGUGUAGGAGGGGUGCACGGACACAUGCUACCAAGACAGCAGACACACUUUCCCGGUGACAACUCUGCAGCUGGGCCAGCCAAGGAUUCCCUUUGUGACCAUGGGCCCACAGACCAAAGGAGAGAACAUGUAAACUGGCACAUGGCUUAGCAGCCCCUACCUUCUUCACAAGUGACUAAUCUGAAGGAUGAUGCUGGGCACUAGCAAAACCCACUAACAUCACUGGGAGGUGCACGUGUUCAGCACAUCUUGGAUGAAGCCCAGACCUAAUCUCUCAAAAGCCAGGCACAACAAAGCACAGACAUUUAGGUGAGAUGUCUGCUGAAAACGCAGCAAAUUGUGGACCUUCUGAGCUUGACAUGCCAGCUGAGGCUCUGAGUGCAGUUGGUUACAAAGGCUCCCUACUUCUUUUCCUCAGUGUUACAAGGACGUGAAAUUGCCAAAGAGAACAAUUAGUUCAUGUGCAAUAUCAACUGUAAUCAGAAAGAUGAAGUCAAAAGGGGAAAACUCACAAAUGUUACAGUUUAAUUUGAUCACUCUACUACUAAACAUGCUCUCUAUCACCCAUCCUCUACAUGGUAUUCAGAUCCUUCCAGAGUUCUGCUCUUUAUUCAUAUUGCAGGUGAAUGCUCCUCAUAGAGCAUGGGAGUCGCAGGGGAUGCACAAAUCUACAUCCUCACUUGAGGUACCUGUGUGCCUGACUUCCUGCACUGGGUGCAGUUUAUUUUAGUGGACAUAAACAUUAUGCUUAAUGUGUGUUUAUUCACAGACACCAAGGCAUUUCACAGAAGUGACAUACAGUAUGGUGAGUGUCACUUCAGGGUAUAUAUGCAGCAGCUGACAGUUGGCGUUGUGACAAAGCAGAGCCAAGAGUGGGCUGCACAGCUGAAGUUAACAAGUGCAAAUAAAUCCCUUUUCCAUGCUGCA